UAGAAGCAGAGCUAGGUGACAGGAUGUCAAACCCAGGGGACCUUUCAAAAGAAAAGUGCCAGAGCCAUCCACACAGGAAACGAACUGUGUUCACGAAGAAACAAUUGGCGGAUAUGAACUUAUUUUUCAAUACAAACCCAUACCCCACGCCCAGCCUUCAGAGAGAAAUGGCCUCAAAAAUGGAAAUGCAUCCAAGAGCCCUGAAGGUUUGGUUUAAGAACCGUAGAGUGAAACUCGAGAAAGCCAAAUGCAAGGAUUUUCAGCCAGCACACGAAGCUCAACGAGAAGCUCAACAAAGGCCAUUAGCUGAGGCCAGAGUCCGGAUCAGCUCCUCCAGGGGACAAACGACUACAACUCCCAGAAACCCUCAUGCUGCCUCUCCAGCAUCUCUAGUCUAUACAGAUCAUCCACGACCUUCCUUCCAACUCAGCGUAUGGACCAGUUUUAAGACUCUCACACACCAACCUCUUGGCCACAAAAUGGUGCAUUUCGGCUGCUGCCAAGACCCUAACAUAUACUGCCUCUCUCCCAUUUCGGAAUCCCAAGCUCCCUCCACAAGCUUCUGUUCUAAUUCUCUUGGCCUUUUGUCAUCACAAAGAACUCAGAGACGCUAGACACAGAAAGUCACAUCGUACUGUGAUGUGCAAUGAUUCCCAUUCAAGGAAAUACUUCGCAGCAGUAAAAGGAAA